AUGGCUCAAUGUGUACCUCCUACAAACAGUGUACAAGAAUGUGAAUUGAGGACAUCAGAAAUACCGACUCAACAAUUCAUCGCCACCAAACUUAGCGUAGAUGAAAUAUUGAAUAGGUAUGUUGGAGAAUAUGGAGUUUGGCAAUGGAGUAUUGUGUUGCUAAUAGUUUUAAGUUCUCCUCUAAUGGUGACGUUACCUGUAUUUGUUAAUGCAGUACCUGACCAUCGUUGUCGGAUGGAAGAUCCUAUCGAAGAAAUAUUCAGAGAAUACAAUUUAAGUUUUGAGGAAGCCGCUGCAUUUGUGGGUCCAUGGGAAGGUGAAAUUCCUGUAACAAUGAUGGGUUGUCUGAGAUUUGCAUUGGACUGGAGCAAUACAACCCUCAUCGAAAACCUACUUUUGAAUAAGUCGGUUGUUUCAUUUAUCGAUCGUGAAUCGUUGAAAACUAAAGCGUGUGUCAACGGUUAUGUAUAUAGAAGUAAAGAGUUCCAAUAUCCCAGUACUGUGGUAGCGGAAUUUAACUUGGUUUGUGAUAAGAGUAUGCUUUCGCCUCUUGGAACCUCUCUUUUUAUGGUUGGAAUGUUGUUUGGAUUCAUUUUCGGUGGUUAUUUUGGUGACAAAUUCGGCAGACGAAACGGUGCAAUUGUAUUCUCUAUCAUUGAAUUACUUGCAGCGGUUGGUGUUUCCUUAGCCCCUAAUCAUCAUAUCUAUCACCUGAUGAGAACAAUUGUUGGGUUUUCUAGUACAGGAAAAGCCGUCCCCCUACGCCUAUUACCAAUUGAGCUAACUAAUGCCAAAUAUCGAUCAUAUUUCACAUCGUUCAUUGUUUUGGGAAUUGUAUUUGGACAUCGUGCUAUAAUGACUGGAAUAGCUUAUUUGGUACGAGAAUGGCUAACUCUUAUCAAUGCAUUAACUGGCAUUCCAGGACCAAUUGCUGCAAGUGUAGUUUAUAGAUGUUAUAAGUAUAGACGAUUUCCAUUAAUGUGCACAUAUAUAAUUUCUGCUAUAUUAUUAUGUAUUGGUGGUGUUUAUACAGUAUUAUGGGAACCACUGACUGAUAAUGUAUUGAAUAUAUUCUGUAAUGGUGCUCUUAUUAUGUAUUCUGCUUCAACGAUUAUGCUAUCGAUUUAUUGUGCUGAAUUAUUUCCAUCAUAUAUGCGUUCAAGCGCUGUAGGCAUAUCAAAUGGUCUAGGUAGAAUCGGUGGGAUCAUUUCAACACUUGUAAAUUAUACUGAUUUUACUUUUAAACAUGGUACGCCUGUACUGAUUUAUUCCGGUUCCUCAAUGCUUCAAGCUUUCCUACUAUACUGUUUACGUGAUACAAGCGGUGAAGAUCUUUCUGAUGUUGACAAAUGCAUAGAAUCUGCAACUGAUGAUCAUGUUCAUCAAAAUGGAUCUAAUAAAAGUAUUGAUGCAGGAAGAGAAGAGUUUGUAAUCAAUUUGAAAACAUUAGAAGACCGAAUAAAAUCGUCACCAACAACUGUAACUAAUCUCUAG